GACUAUAUUCUGGCAUACCUUCAUUACCCACCCACCCCUUUCAUUUCUAUGACAAAAUAACUAUACAAGGAUCUUUUUUACCAAAAAAAAAAAAAUCUAUACAAGGAUCUUGCUUAGUUUUAGUUUUAUUGAUGAGAUUCUUCCAUAACGAAUAUAAAGCCCUUUGAUUUCCUUCUAUGCUCUUUUGAAUUCAUUUUUUUAAGGGAAGCAGAAACUUACAAUGAAGUUGUGGAACAGAAAGAAGGCCCAUUUUCCUCUACUGGUUUUUGUCUUCUCUCUGUUCCUGGUCUUCUCAAUUCUGCACAAUGAACGCAGCAUAUUGCAAGUUCAAGACCACCGAGAUCGUGCUCCUACUCAUCAAAUUCCAGUCACUUAUGUAAAGCCGAAUCAAAACCAUCUUCCAGAGGUUUUGGAUAGAUUCAGUACAUGCAACUCCACCAGAGAGUACAGUGGGAGGAAAAUAGCCUGGACCGAUAAUCUUAAGCCGGAGUACGGUGGCGGAAAGGAGAGUUUGGAGAGCUGUGACGUUUUUUCCGGCAAAUGGGUGUAUGAUAAAUCUUCGUAUCCGCUGUACAAUGAAUCGGAGUGCCCUUACAUGUCAGACCAGUUGGCCUGCCACAAACAUGGAAGGUCUGAUUUGGAUUAUCAGUAUUGGAGAUGGCAACCCCAUAAUUGCAACUUGAAGAGAUGGAAUGUGAUUGACAUGUGGGAGAAGUUGAGGGGUAAAAGAUUGAUGUUUGUAGGGGAUUCAUUAAACAGAGGGCAAUGGAUAUCAAUGGUUUGCUUGUUGCAAACAGUGAUUCCAAAGGAUAAGAGUUCCAUGUCACCAAAUGCGGCUCUUACCAUUUUCCGAGCAAAGGAAUACAAUGCUACCGUGGAAUUUCUUUGGGCCCCUCUUCUUGUAGAAUCAAAUUCUGAUGACCCAGUGAAUCACAGAUUGGAUGAUCGAAUAAUCCGUCCAGAUUCAGUUCUUAAGCACGCAGCAAUAUGGGAGAAUGCAGACAUAUUGAUUUUCAAUUCCUAUCUAUGGUGGAGACAAGGCCCAGUUAAGCUUUUAUGGAGCACUGAAGCAAGAUCUGUGUGUGAAGAAUUAGAUGGUAUGGGAGCCAUGGAAUUGGCCAUGGGGGCUUGGGCAGACUGGGCUUCUAAAGUUGAUCCCCUCAAGAAGCGAGUCUUCUUUGUCACAAUGUCUCCAACACAUCUCUGGAGUCGAGAGUGGAAGCCAGGACAUGAAGGCAACUGUUACAAUGAGAAGUCCCCCAUUGAGUUGGAGGGCUACUGGGGAAGUGGCUCCGAUCUUCCUACUAUGAGUAUGGUGGACAAUAUCCUCACUAAAUUGAGUUCGAAGGUCUCAGUUCUCAACAUUACUCAACUAUCAGAGUAUCGGAAAGAUGGCCAUCCUUCCAUAUACCGGAAAUUUUGGGAGGCACUAAAGCCUGAACAAUUGUCUAACCCGGCGAGUUACUCUGAUUGCAUACAUUGGUGCUUGCCUGGUGUACCUGAUGUUUGGAACGAGUUGCUGUACCAUUUUUUGUAAUUAAAUGCAGCCGUUAAGGCUUUCUUAAUGGUUUCAUGCAACAGUUUGCCUGGUUUGCUCAAAAUCAUUAGGGUCGUUACACAAUUCGAUUCCUAGGAGUAUAGGGGUGAUAAGCUAUAGAGGAUCCAUAAAUAGAGGAAGUGUGAGCGUCUUUGUUGGUCCGAGUGUUCUUUCAUUCAAGAGACAAA